AUGAGUAGUACAAACUCUUCAGGAUCCUACUUGCCCUCAAAAACAAGAAGUUGUAAAGUAGAUGACAACUACUUAAAGGAAUUGAAUGAGGACUUAAAGCUACGGAAGCAAGAACUGCUAGAGAUGCUAAAACCCCUAGAAAAUAAGAACAACCUCUUAUUCCAGAAGUUAAUGUCUAACUUGGAAGAAAAACAAAGAAGCCUGCAGAUCAUGAGGCAAAUCAUGGCUGGGAAGGGGGGUGAUGAAUCCUCAGUCAUAGAUCUCAUCAAGGAAGCAGAGGAGAUGAAGCAGAACCUGGAAAGGAAAAACAAGAUGCUUCGGAAAGAAAUGAAGAUGCUAUGGAACAAGACAUUCGAUACAGAAGACACCAGUGGUCAACAAAAAGCACCACAGAUAAAAAACAAGGCAGCCUUGCAGGAUGGAAAGGCUCCCAAAUCCCUCUCAUCACCUAGGAAGUCCAGGAAUGAACCAGAGAUACCAUGUGCAGAGAAAGUGAACGAAAUAAGGAAAGAAAAGCAACUGAAGAAAAUGGAAUGGGUCAGAUACCAAGAACAAGCCAACACCCUUCAGAAUGCCUCUCACAGCAAAGUGAUCGAGCUGAGAAUUGAAGCCUUGAAGAAAUACCAGAAGGCCAAUGACCUAAAACUAUCAUUGUACUUACAGCAGAAUUUUGAGCCAAAGCAAGCAUUCUUAAAUCUUCCUAGGUCCCGAGGUAGAUAG